AUGGAACCUAAAGACGGCUUCCGAAUGUCUUAUAUCCAACUUAAUGAUGAUCCACCACAGAAUUCACGAGAGACACGACCACAUCCACAGUCUUCGGCCGAGCAAGCUUUCCUGCGAUCUCAGAAUCGCGCAUUCUGGGGCACAAGCUGGACCCUAGAGAUUGGGGCAUGCUUCAUAUCCAUCAUCACGGUUGUAUCUAUAUCUGUGGUGCUUUUGCGUUACGAUGGAAAGUCAAUACCUGAGUGGCCUCAUGGCAUCACACUCAAUACACUGGUCUCAGUACUAAGUACGAUCAUGAAGGCCCAAGUGACAUUUAUUGUCAUGGAAUCCUUGGCCCAGCUCAAGUGGUCGUGGUUUCAUGGUGGAAAUAAACUCAGUGAUCUUGCACGUCUAGACGCUGCUAGUCGUGGUGCUUUGGGCGCUAUGAACGUACUGAUCCGCUUCGUGCCUCGCCAUCUCAUCUCGUUUGGAUGUCUUAUUCUAGUACUGGGGACUGUCACCGACCCAUUCGUUCAACAAGUCAUGUCCACUGUAUCACGACCUGUUAAUUUGAGACAUUCGACAUUCAUCCAGACUUGCAACACAAGCCUUUACACCGAUUAUAGCGAAGGGUCCGGACCAGGUAUGAACAAGGCACCUCUUAGCACCCUGGGGGCAAUCUACUCGGGUAUUUUCCAGGAACAGGGAACGAACAGCAAGAAUACCUUAUUUAACUGUCCAACGGGAAACUGCACAUUUUCUCCAUAUCAGACGCUGGGAUAUUGCAGUCGGUGCGCCAACAUAACCGAUUCUCUUACCCUCACCAAAACGGUUGUAGUCCCCACGAUCCCUCAAGAGGACAUCUAUAACUACACGCUGCCUAAUAACUUCACCUUCUCAACCUCAAUGAACUCGAUAUACUUGAUGAAUGCCACAACGGAUGAGAGCCUAGAGCUGGUCAAGUUGGACACGACAGAUAUAACACCCAUUAUCAACUUUACCGCUAUCACUGCUGCGGGAUACGGAGUUCCUCCUCGAAUUAGUGCAACCGAGUGCACACUCUACUUCUGUGUUCAAACAUACAACUCGAGCGUAUCUAAUGGUCAACUUUCAGAGAAUAUCAUUUCAACAAAGGCUACAACCAAUGCCUCCUACUCCGCCUUCUCCGAAGAAAACUUCGCCAUCACUCCUGAGAAGUGUUACACCAACGGCACUGUUUAUGAUGAUCCGAGCAAAUAUCCCAAGAAAUGCGUGUACAAUGUCAAUUGGCUAAGUCGUCUGGCAAUGUCCAACUCACUUGACAGUCUGCUAAAAGGUACCGGAUCGCUCUUCGUGAGCAAUCGUCCAAGAUGGGACUCCGAUACUCUGGAAGCUCUAUACGGCCUGUACGGCAACUAUACGGAUAUCAACCUGGUGUUUCAAUCGUUAGCAUCCUCAUUGACGGUCAAUGCGCGUUCCAAUGUCUGUACAUCUGAUGUGCGAGGCAAGGCCUGGAGUGUGGAAUCGUUUGUCCGAGUACGAUGGGGGUGGUUUAUCCUUCCCAUCAUUGUCGUGGUACUUAGCGUGAUCUUCUUGAUGGUCACGAUAGCCCACACGAGGAAUCAGUAUAUCUGGAAGUCUUCCCCGCUAGCUCUGUUGUUUUCGGGUUUGAUGGUUGAAGUCCCAUCGCCUAUCAAGGCUCAUCCGACUGUGAGGGGAAUGGAAGAGAUAUCAAGAAAGCUAAAUAUUGUGUUGGAGAGCUCACACGACGGGGUGAAACUGAAAGCGGUUCCAACCUGA